AAGAGCUACUGCCUGCCCUCCAACGUCACCUAGAAGUGGCGCUGGAGCUGCAUGCUUUACAAGGAAUCAAAACCAAACCCAACAAACAGCCCCAGAAGAGCUAGAAAAAUAAGUUUCAAGUUUUUGAAUGAAACAAAUGGCUGAGCCAGGAAGAGUUACCUUGAAGCUGAUGUUUACCGGGCAUUGCCUGAGGAUGAUAUUACAGAAAAAUCCCAAUAUUCGUGAAGGCAUUAAUUUCGACCUGCCUGAGGUCGUCGCCAAAGCACCAAACUUUCCCCGGGUGACCCACGUUGGGGGUGACAUGUUUAAGUUAAUUCCUGAAGCUGACGCAGUCUUCAUGAAGGUGCGUCUCCUUUUCCUAGUUUCCUCUUGCCCAAUUGGUCGCAAGGAUUGUGGUAGUCCUUUUUGUCUUUAACUAGAAAAUCUUGGUGCUCAGAAUCAACCCAUAAGAUUUCUUACUGUUGUAGGAUCAAAUACUAUUUCUCAUUCAAGCAAUAUAUACUUGUAUGGUUUGGUGGUAGAGUCACUUCUUCUUCUUCUUCUUCUUCUUCUCUUUUUUUUUUUUUUUUUUGAAUAAAUUGGUAAGGGUGAG